CUCCUUCUUCUUCUUCUUCAAAUUUCUAGAGAGAGAAAGAAGAUUUGCCAGCGAAGAACUCUGUGGCAGUCACGACAGUUGUGCAGAGAGAGAAACUUAUACGUAUAUAUCUAUAUCUAUCUAUAUAGAGAGAGAAAGAGAUAAGGCGCAGGACCGACGUGUAAAGGAGCCGUCCAACCGCCUUUAUCGGCCAGGCCGUAUACGGUUUCUCCGACUCUAUUCUUCCUUCUUUGGAGGAUGGACGGUCAUUACCUUCUCGGAGCGGUUUUGGCUUUGCUAUUCACAUUGCUCUUCUUCUACAACCUCUUCGCCAAGAGAAAUGACGCCAGGUCGUAUUCGCCGGAGAUCGAUGGAAACGCAUCUGGUGAUUACAGAUCGGAUAACGGAAGAAUAGAUGCAGAUGUUAUCAUCGUUGGCGCUGGUGUCGCUGGUGCCGCUCUCGCUCAUACACUUGGCAAGGAUGGCCGUCGUGUUCAUGUGAUCGAAAGAGACCUAACUGAGCCAGACAGAAUAGUCGGAGAAUUGCUGCAACCUGGCGGUUACUUGAAAUUGAUUGAGUUAGGACUUGAAGAUUGCUUAGAAGGAAUUGAAGCUCAGCGAAUAUUCGGAUAUGCUCUUUUCAAGGAUGGGAAGAGUACUCGUCUCGCUUAUCCUCUAGAGAAGUUCCAUUCAGAUAUCUCCGGUAGAAGUUUCCACAAUGGUAGAUUCAUUCAGAAAAUGCGAGAGAAAUCCAAUUCCCUUCCAAAUGUUAGAUUGGAGCAAGGAACUGUAACCACACUACUAGAAGAAAAGGGUACCAUUAGAGGCGUACAGUAUAAGAACAAGAACGGGGAUGAAUUAACUGCUUACGCACCUCUAACAAUAGUUUGCGAUGGUUGUUUUUCGAAUCUGCGAAGAACUCUUUGUACACCCAAGGUUGAAAAUCCUUCUUGUUUCGUUGGUUUGGUGUUGGAGAAUUGUAACCUACCACAUUCAAACCAUGGACAUGUUAUAUUAGCAGAUCCAUCUCCAAUACUGUUUUACCCAAUAAGUAAUUCAGAAGUUCGUUGUCUAGUCGAUGUUCCUGGUCAAAAAGUUCCCUCAAUUUCAUCUGGUGAAAUGGCAACGUAUUUGAAGAAUUCCGUAGCUCCUCAGAUUCCACCUGAACUGUAUGAUGCUUUCAUCGCCGCCAUUGAAAAGGGUAACAUAAGAACAAUGCCUAACAGAAUCAUGCCUGCUAAUCCUCAGCCAACUCCUGGUGCUUUACUUAUGGGAGACGCCUUUAACAUGCGCCAUCCUUUAACUGGAGGAGGAAUGACAGUUGCAUUAUCAGACAUUGUUCUUCUUCGCAAUCUUCUUCGAUCAUUACCUGACUUAAACGAUUCAACCACCUUAUGCAAAUACCUAGAAUCCUUCUACACUCUCCGAAAGCCGGUGGCAUCUACGAUAAACACACUGGCGGGUGCUCUUUACAAGGUAUUCUGUGCUUCACCGGAUGAAGCAAGGAAGGAAAUGAGGGAAGCUUGUUUCGAUUAUCUAAGCCUUGGUGGAAUCUGUUCGAGUGGGCCUGUAUCUUUGUUAUCUGGUUUGAACCCUCGACCGAUAAGCCUGUUUCUUCAUUUUUUCGCGGUUGCAAUUUACGGUGUUGGCAGAUUGUGCUUGCCUUAUCCAUCUCCAAAACGAAUAUGGCUUGGUGUUAGGCUGGUUUUGGGUGCUUCUGGAAUAAUCUUUCCAAUUAUUAAAGCUGAAGGAGUUAGGCAGAUGUUCUUCCCAGCCACGGUUCCUGCAUAUUACAGAGCUCCACAUGUUCAUUGAAUGCAAUAUAACUAGAGGAUUAAGACAAUAAAGCAAGAAUCAAUGGCCCUAGUUAAGGUGGGAUUGAAGAAGAUAUGAUUUUGCUUAUGAAAUUUACAAAAACAAAACAAAAAUGUAGAAAAAAGUGCACAGAAUUCACUAAUGUUUUGUUUGCUAUAGUCAUUUGUUAUUUUACUUCGAUUUAAAUCACUGUAUACAUAAACUUGUAUUCUAUCUUAAUGUGAGAAAUGAAUUUCUUGUUAAAUUAUUUAAUUAAAU